AGCAACGGGCUGAGUUCGGACCGACGGCUUCGCGCGGUGCGCGCGCCCCGGCUCCAUCCCGCCGGUCGCCGUGGCUCUUCGAAGAGGGGCGCUUUGCGGAGCGGCCCCUCCAGCCUGGCCUGCCCGCCUCCUUCCUCAUGCUAGAUACGCUUCGCUCGCCGGUAGCCUCUCUCGCGUCGGACAUGGCGAUCUGCAAGACGGUGGCGUGGCUAAAGGAGCAGCUGGAGCUGGGCAACGAGCGGCUGCUGCUGAUGGACUGUCGCCCGCAGGAGCUGUACGAGUCCUCGCACAUCGAGUCGGCCAUCAACGUGGCCCUGCCGGGGAUUAUGCUGCGCCGGCUGCAGAAGGGCAACCUGCCGCUGCGCGCCCUCUUCGCCCGGGGCGAGGAGGAGCGCGAAAAGUUCGCCCGCCGCUGCGGAACCGACACCGUGGUCCUCUACGACGAGAAUAGCAGCGACUGGAACGAGAACACGGUGGGCGACUCUGUGCUGGGGAUGCUCCUCAAGCGUCUGAAAGACGAUGGCUGUAAGGCCUUCUACCUGGAAGGGGGUUUCUGCAAAUUCCACGCAGAGUAUGCCUUGCACUGCGAAACUAAUCUAGACUGUUCAUGCAGCAGCAAUUCUCCGCCUUUGCCAGUGUUGGGGUUGGGUGGUCUCCGAAUCAGCUCUGACUCAUCGUCAGACGUGGAAUCCGAUAUUGACAGAGAUCCUAACAGUGCCACCGACUCUGAUGGCAGCCCUUUGUCUAACAAUCAGCCUUCCUUCCCUGUGGAAAUCUUGCCAUAUCUCUACUUGGGCUGCGCCAAGGACUCUACUAACCUGGAUGUUCUCGAAGAGUUUGGCAUUAAAUACAUAUUGAAUGUCACCCCCAACCUGCCCAAUCUCUUUGAAAAUGCUGGCGAGUUUAAGUACAAACAGAUCCCUAUCUCUGAUCAUUGGAGCCAAAACCUUUCCCAGUUCUUUCCUGAAGCAAUCUCUUUCAUAGAUGAAGCUCGUGGGAAAAAUUGUGGGGUGCUUGUGCACUGCCUAGCAGGGAUCAGUCGCUCUGUCACUGUGACAGUUGCAUAUCUUAUGCAAAAACUCAAUUUAUCCAUGAAUGAUGCUUAUGACAUUGUCAAGAUGAAGAAAUCUAAUAUCUCCCCUAACUUCAAUUUUAUGGGACAGUUGCUAGACUUUGAGAGGACUCUGGGUCUGAAUAGCCCCUGUGAUAAUCGUAUGUCCAGCCAGCAACUAUAUUUUACAACUCCUUCCAAUCAAAAUGUCUUCCAGGUGGACUCUUUGCAAUCUACGUGAGGGCCAACUGAUCAUCAGUUCUUCCAACAUUGGGUAUUGUGAGCAUUCCACAAUGCUUCUCUCUGGACAGCUAAAGAGAACUGCAAUUCUUUUGUGGGCCCUGGGUUUGGGCACUAGCUGUCUCUGAUUAAACACAAUAAAGGUUACAACAGUUGGAAUCUGCUGUUGCAAAAUGAGGGAUUUUGCUGAGUCUUCCCAGCAGAAAAGAAGACAGAUACCACUUCAAGCAGGGCAGUACAUUGUGCUUCAUGCACAAAAGCCAUUUAAACAGUGACUUAAAAUUUAUGGUUUCCAAACAAAGAUCAGCAAGAAUGAACACUAUAAGUACACAUCCAUGUGUUUGACACUGGGAGAAAUGUAUUACAUGCAUUUAUAAUAUACGUUGUCUUCAGUGAAGACUUGAUUUUUUUUAUUAUUAAUAUUGAUAUAGGGGAGCCAAAGAGCAAUUUCAGUUUAAUGUAUUUUGGAAUAUCUGUUUGCAAAGACCUUUGAUAUACUCAGCUUGAUCAAUGUAAAUGUUUUCAAUCUCAGAUGAAUGACAUGAAAGUUGCAAUAGGUCUGAGUGAAAUGUAUUACUUCUCUGCAUUCUCCAGUGAUAAGUUCUUUUGGAGCACAAAUCUGCAGCAUGCUUAAUUUUAUUGCAGAAUUAGGCAAACUUUCUUGGUUAACAUUUUUGGGUUUGUUUAUUCAAUUUUGGAAUGAAUAAUUUGUUCUAUAGUAACAUAUUUUUUAUUUUGGAGUGUGUGUGUGUGUGUGUGUGAUCAAACUGGUCUCAUGAUUUUUGGGGUAGGACCUUACCUUUAUAAAUAAUCCCUGUUGCAUACUUUAAAAAUAGAAAAAUCAUUUCUGCAAAGUGAAGUGUGUAUAUGUAUAUAUGUAUAUAUAUAAAUGCACUGUUUAGCAUUUAUCAUAUAUAUAUAUAGGUCUUUGGUUAUUUGGGUUUUC